UGGAGCAUGUCGGUUCCUUGUCAAUCACAUUUUGGCGGAGACCAUAACCCAAAAAAUAGUGAAAAUUGAUAAACUUACUGGGCAGCAAAAAGGAUCAUCAUUUAUCAGCCAUGAAUGUUGAAGAAGAAGUUGGAAAGCUUCAAGAGGAAAUCAAACGUCUUGGUCAAAUCCAACAAGAUGGAUCUUAUAAGGUCACAUUUGGUGUCCUUUUCAACGAUGAUCGAUGUGCAAACAUAUUUGAAGCUCUCGUUGGAACCCUAAGAGCCGCAAAGAAGAGGAAAAUUUUGACGUACGAUGGAGAGCUUCUUCUACAAGGUGUCCAUGAUAAUGUAGUGAUUAAUAUGAAACCUCCUGCAGCAAAUCCUUCUAAUGAUGCCGAGAAGAGCUGAUAAAUUUCGACUUGUUUAGAGUCGCUUUCUUUUGAUCUUUUGUACGAUUUCUCUUAUUUUCAUGUAGUGUAUUUUUGCUUGUGCAAGAGAUACCAGCCCUUAAUUUCUGGAUGUUAUAAUGAAAAUCACAUUGAUGUGUAUGUAAACACUUGAGAUUUGUCUGAAA